AUGCCGUCAGAGUGCGCUCUGCACUCCCUGAUCCGCGCGACGUUCAUAGGUGUGUUAGCGUGCGUCUCCCUCGUUCUGCACGGGUGUGGCGGCAGCGACGUCAGCCAUCCUUUGGUUUGCAGCCGUGUCGAGGGUUGCAAUGGCGCCGAUUCUGGGCAUUUCCAACGCUGGGUGUUUGCAUUCAUGUGGCAGCCCACUUGGUCAUUCGAUGAAUGCCUCGAUGGGAGCACGCCUUUAGCACCAUGGUUGAAAAACGAUACGUUCGCGGUCACCCACCUAAGCUUGCACGGUCUUUGGCCUGAGUACUACCCUCAGGGUCGCAAUGGCUCUCUGUGGCCACAGUAUUGCGUUGGUCCGGCAGGCGACUUCCACAACUGCAACCCGCCAAAGGCAGCCGAUUGCCAGGUAUCUGCAUCGACAGUUGCGCAGUUCAACACCACAGACCUGUGGCAGUCUUCUGGCAUGGAGUACGCAUGGGGGACGCUGGCCGCACAUCAGUGGAGCAAGCAUGGGAGCUGCACCGGAUGGAACGAGUCGCAUUUCUUCCAGGUGACGUACGACACGUACGACAGGCUGCGCAGAACGUCAGGCGCCAAAGCCAUCGAGGCAGCUGCCGGCACAGACGUGCCUCGAUCGAGCAUGCAGAAAGGGUUCGGCAAGUCUGCCGCCCUGGUGUGUGACGACGACUGCCAGCUGAGCGAGGUCUGGAUCAUGCUCGAAGCUGAUCCUGAAACGCACCUUCCCCUUGGUGAAGUGCCAUACGGGGACUCCGCGCCUAAGAGCUGUAUGCCGUGCAAGGAUAUUAAGGUCCCAGGGCUCAGAGCUUGUCCUCCACCGGCGACAUCAUGCAAGCCCUUCUCCAUGGGGCCGCCAUGCGAGUCCGACGCAGAAUGCAAACAUUUCGCAGGUUGCAAGCGAUGCGCAUUCACAUCCAAGCACUGCACGGACGUUGAAGAAGAUUAUGAUCCAGGUUCUAGCUCCACUUUUCUGUAG